AUGUCCGCUCUACCCUAUCUGGGGAUUGCAAUUCCCCCACUACCGCAAGGAUGGACUGAACAUCUCGGACCCAAUGGCCAGCCAUAUUAUUACAAUGCAGUGACGCGUGAAUCAACAUAUAUUCGCCCUACUCCACAGAUUUCUCCCAUACAACCGAAAAAAGCCAGCAAAAAAGAGAAACCGCUUUUAAAAACACCAAUUCCAGGCACUGAUUGGCUUAAAGUGACGACUACGGAAGGCAAUAUAUUUUACUCUCAUAAAGUUAGGAAAGAAAGUGUAUGGGUUGUUCCAGACGAAUUAAAACCUGCCCUGGAUGCCCUUCAAGCAAAAGAGAAUGAGAGUCGUGGAAAGUCAGCGCAGAAGACGAAAGAAACGACCAGCAUCGCGAAACGAAAAGCAGAUGAUACUGUUCCCAUCAGCGAGGUGGUCCUGAAUAAGAAGGCUAAAGUGGAUGAGGAAGGAGAAGAAGAAGACGAAAGCGAAAGCGAAGAGGAUAACAAUGAGGAAGAUGAAGAAGAUUGGCAACGUGAAGCUGCCCAACAACUUGCCAAAGAAGCUGAAGAGGAACGUCAGCGAAUUCGAGACACAGAGAAGCAGAGAGAAGCAGAGGCAGAGGCUCAACGGACUCAAGUGGCCUUGAAAGUGGCUAUUCCUGACAGGGUCGACCUUUCCCCUGAAGAAGGCAAAGCGCUCUUUAAGACAUUGCUCCGUGAGAAGGAUAUUAACCCGUUGCAUCCAUGGGACAAGUCUCUUCCUAAGUUUAUCUCUGAUCCCCGAUAUGUUCUUCUGCAGUCUGUGACGGCGCGGCGCGAAGCCUUUGACGAAUAUUGCAAAGAACGCUCUCGGGAACUACGCCAAUCUGCUGUCAAAAAAGACAAAGAAAUGGCCAACCCAAAGGAGGACUUCGAACGGCUUUUAAAGGAGGAAGUUAAGAGCACAAGAACAAGCUGGACCGAUUUUAGAAGAUCAUGGAAAAAAGAUCGCCGGUUUUAUGGAUGGGGCCGAGAUGACAAAGAAAGAGAGAAACGCUUCAGGGAGUUUUUGAAGGAACUGGGCGAACUCAAAAGGGAGGCCGCACAAAAAGCUGAGAGGAAUUUCUUCGCUCUCCUCAAAGAACAUCCAUUUGUUACUGAAGGUAUUGCUUGGAAAGAUGCCAAGAAAAAGAUAUAUAAAGAUCCUCGCUAUGACGCGGUUGGUUCCUCAACUCUUCGGGAGGAACUGUUUAAUACAUUUAUUAAAGACAGGGGAUUUCAACAUAAGCCUGAACAAAAUGCUGCAUUACAACCAAAUUCACCGACCACGUACGGUCAAGCAGAAGGAGAGGAACGAGAAGAACGGAGAAAGAAAGCCGUCAAGGAACGAGAAGAGAAGGUUAACGCAGAGCGUCGUCGUUUAGAUGCUGAUAUAGAGCGGUCAAAAAUGGGAAUUGACAAAGAAGAAGGGGAAAGAACUUUUAGGACUUUACUUACAGAUGCUAUCCGCGAGUCACAGGUCACAUGGGAUGAUAUUGUGCCCCAACUAAAAACUGAUCUGCGCUUCACCAACUCGCCUUUGUCUCUCAAUCAUCAAUUACGCCUAUUCCACGAACAUCUAUCCCAUUUACGAGACAAGCAAUUAACCGGGUUGCAUGCACUUUUUGAAGCUCAUGCUCCAUCCCUUGCCACUAAGUUCCACACCCUCCCCUUAGAAACAAUUCUUUCUUCCGCACCAGCAAAAAAAUUGGGAUAUAAUAUUGAUCAGAUUGAAGCUGACUUCGAUAAAUGGCAGAGAGAACGGACAACUGCAGCGCGCAUUGCUUUUGAUGAAAUGAUGGAAGAAAAUUCUUUCGUGGAAUUCUGGGGCCGUCUGCGCAAAAUAGGGGGCGAGGAUGUAGCCGGAAACCUUCAAAUAGAAGGUGACGAUAUUGGCGAAGAUGGUGAAGACAAGGUCGAUAUGAAGGCGUUAGCCAAGAAUAUUGACAUCAGGGAGAUGGAAAACGUUUUGAAACAUGAUAAACGUUAUAUUACAUUUGAACACAUUCCAGAUGAAAGGGAACGAUGGAUUAGGGACUAUAUUUCCCGCUUAUCGGCGCCAAAAUUGUCGGUGCAUGUCGACGGAUAA